UCUCCCAAUUUCUCCUCUCACCAUAGCUGCCCCAUUAGGGUUUUUUCCCAAAUCGUUGACCCAAUUUCAGAAUUAUAUAGGGUUUAGUCUUUGAGUUCCAACAAACUUGGUCCUUUAUUUCUUUUCUUCGUUCGUGAAAUGUCGCAAACAUCGAGCUCUUUUAACCGGAGUGUAAGGAAUUGUCCAUGUGAAAAUGUUGUGCUCCACCUCACUUCGUGGACUCCUGAAAAUCAUGGGAGACGUUUUUUUAAGUGUUAUAAACCUGGUCCAAUAUCAUGCGGAAUGGGAUGAUGACGAAUUUCAUCCAAGAGCCACUAUUGUCAUCAACAAAUUGAAAAGGAAAAAGGAUACUCUUGUUGAUGAAAAUGAUUACUUAAAAAAAGAAGCUGAUUUUUUUGAGAGAGAAACCAUAUAUUUGAAGGAAAAAGUUGUUGUUGUUCAGCUUGAAACUAAAUCAUUUGGGGAUAUAGUUGCUGAUUUGGAGGCAUCUUCUGUUAUUGGUAAUCUCCCUUCCUCUACUAAAAAUGAUGGGAGAUAUGCAAAAAAGAGAGAAAAUGUAUUAGUUAUGUUAUUGUGCAUCAUUGUUGGGUUUAUUGUUGGUUAUGUAUUACAUAAUUAAGUUAUGUAGCUUUUGAAUA